GGCCGCCCCCGCCCCUCCCCCCCCGCCCCGUUCGCACUCGGGACCAGCGACGCGGAGCCGGGGCGGGGCGGGGCCGCCAUGGUGAGGAGGAGCACGGCUGCCGGGUCCGCAGCGCCUCGGGGCCGCGGGCCGCGGGGGCGCCCGGGCCCCCCGCCGGCAUGAACGGCAGCGCGGGGGGCGGCGGAGGGACGCCUCCACCGCCGCCGCCGCCGGGCUGGCGGGACUUCUGCGAGGCCCACGCGCGGGCGGCCGCCCGGGACUUCGCCCGCCGCUUCCGGGCCUUCGUCAGCGACAACCCGCAGUUCGGGGCCCCGGGGGCCGAAGCCGCCUUCUCCCGCCGCUUUGCCGAGCACUUCGUGGAGCACUUCGAGGCCGAGGUGACACGGGCCUGCGGCGGGGACGCCUCCCCGCCCCGCUGCGCCAUCGCCCCCUUCACCGGCGCCCUCCGCCCCCGGGACGCCUCCGAGACCUGCAGCGAGUCGUCGGCAGCCUCGCCGCCGGAGCCCACCGCCCCGGGGCUGCCGGGGGGCCAGUCGCGCAGCUCCGAGGACGUGGCCGCCGCCGCCGCCGGCUCCAAGGCCAAGCUGCGCAAGCGCUUCUCGCUCCGCAGCGUGGGCCGCAGCGUCCGCGGCAUGCUGCAGUGGCGCGGCCCCGCCGAGCCGCCCGCCGGCGGCCACGAGCCGCCCGCCGCCGGGGCCAACACCAACUCCAACUCCUCCGGCGGUGCCGGCGAGGGGGUCCCGGCCGGCGGCGGCGGCGGCGAGCGCUGGGCCCAGCGCUUCGAGCGCCUGCGCCUGGGCCGGGCCCCUGGCGCCCGCGCCGAGCCCUGCAGCGUCCGGCGCGAGGGGGUGCUCAACUUCAUCGUGGCGGACGACGGCGGGCUGGGGCCGGCGCGGGGGGGCCGGGCCCGCUGGCAGCGGUGCCGCCUGCUGCUGCGGAAGGCCGGCAAGGGCGACGGCGACGGCUACGCCCUGGAGUUUUACGUCCCGCCCAAGGCCACCAAGGCCCGCGUGAGCAUCCUGUGCUCGGCGGUGACGGCCGUGCGCACCACCACGCCGCUGGAGAUGCCCGACAAGGAGAACACGUUCGUCCUGAAGAUGGAGAACUCGCUUGAGUACAUCCUGGAGACGGUAGACUCGCUGCAGAUGAAGUCGUGGCUGGCCGACAUCCAGGACUGCAUGAGCCCAGGGUGAGCCCCUCGCGCUCCGCGCCCUGGCCCCACGCCGGCGCCUUCCCCCCGGGGCUGCCCUCCGCGCUGGCCCCUCCGUCCCGGCGCCGCCACGCUAGCGUCCCCCCGCCCCGUGUGCCGCAGGGAGGAGGCGGAGAGCCCGGCGGCGCCGUGCCUCAACCACGCGGAGAGCGCGCCCGGCCGGGAGCUGGCCCUGCUGCCCAGCGAGAGCAGCGAGCACCUGGCGCAGGGCGCCUACGGCGGCCUCUCCGAGCGCCCCUCGGCCUCCGUGUCGCCCAGCUCCGUCUCCAUCGCCGCCUCCCACUUCGGCUCCAUGGAGAUGCUGCCCCCGGAGCUGCCCCCCCGGAUCCCCAUCGAGGAGGCAGCUGAGCGGCUCCAAACCCCCUUCCCCCCCGGGCUGCUGCACACCCCUUUCCCCGACACCCCCGACGGAGCAGGGUCCUUCCUCUUCCAGGCGGAGGCGGGCGAGGGGGACCCCGAGCACCCGCUCUCCGAGUACCCCUGGUUCCACGGCACCCUGUCGCGGCUGAAGGCGGCCCAGCUGGUGCUGGCCGGGGGCACCAGCAGCCACGGCGUCUUCCUGGUGCGGCAGAGCGAGACGCGCCGGGGCGAGUACGUCCUCACCUUCAACUUCCAGGGCAAGGCCAAGCACCUGCGGCUCUCGCUCAACGAGGACGCCCAGUGCCGCGUGCAGCACCUCUGGUUCCAGACCAUCUUCGACAUGCUGGAGCACUUCCGCGUGCACCCCAUCCCGCUGGAGUCGGGCGGCUCCAGCGACGUCACGCUCGUCAGCUACGUCGUGGCGUCCCAGCGGCUGCACGGCAGGGACAGGUCCGGGAGCCGCGCGGCCGCCUGUGAGCCCAGCCCUCGCAGCCCCGACUCGCCCGGGCUCAUCUCCAUCGGCACGAGUGACUGUUUAGCCGAGCACGUCCCGUAGCGUGCCGCCCCCUGCUCCGCCGCCGCCACCGCCACGGGGGCCCCCGGCACCCCUGGACGCCGGGGUCCCCGCCCCAUCUCCGGACACCCCCGGCGAGGAGGAAGAGGAGGAAGAAGAGGAGGAAGCGGCCGAUGGCUCCGGCGACCGGGGGGCACCUCGGGCCAGAGGCCCCCAUGCCGAGGACCCCGACGGGGGACCGGGACACACUCGGGCCGUCAGCAACCAGUACUCGUUCGUCUGAGCCCCCCGGCUCCCCCUGCCCUUCACGGACCUCGUUUCUACCCCCUUUUGCCCCCCUUUUUUGCCCCAGGGACCCCCCACGGCGGUACCGCCUCUGCAAGCCCCCAGGUACGUUACGGUCCCCCCCCCAGACACUACAGGGCGCAGGGGCUGCCGGGGGGGGGGGUACAAAUAGCUCCUGUGUCCCGUCUCCGACCCCCCCAUGCACCCGAGGUUUAUUUUUCUACCGAGGGCGGUUUUGCCCCCACCCUAGGGGGUGGGUUUUGCCCUCCCGCUUCCCCCCGGGGCCGGUUGACAGCCGCGUCCCAUUUUCCCCUCCCGUUUCGGGUCGGUUUGUACAGAAACCGCGGGCGCCUUUUAAAAGAAAAGCAGAAAACCAGA